GAAAAUUACUUAGAAAAAUAACGAAAAUAAACCUAAAAAAAGAGCAUACAGAAAAUUUAUGGGUGCGGCGGUCUAAGUUAUCUCUCCGCCGGAGCAGUUGGUGGUUGCGGAAAGAAAAAACUUCGAUUGCAUAUUCUCUAGUGUCCGAUAAGCUUUUCGCUGCUGAUUCACCAAGAGGAAGGAGCACGUCAAAAACCUUUCAGGAUGGACCUGGACGGCCUAGACGAAGGGAGCCAGGUACCAUCACGGACCUCCAGAUUCGCACCCAAGUCCUCUAAAUUCAAGCCGAAACCAAAAUCGGAAGUAGUUCCGAAACCGGAGCCCCAACAGCCGCUAACGAAGUUGGAACCUCAACCUCCCAUUUCUAAGCCGGAAGUUGUAGAGCCUGAUGCUCGAGUUGAGGAGAAGAAGGAAGACGGUGAAGAAGUAGAAGUAAAACCUAAAGUUGAAUCCUCACUUCCUAAUGGAGUUGCUAAAAUGGACGUUGAAACUAAGUCGGAAGUUGAAGAGGAUGCAAUGGUGGAUGAUGAUCCAAUUGAAGAGGAUGCUUCUGAAGAUAUGGUUGUUCGUGAAAUCGACGUUCUAUUUACUCCUUCAGUUGAUAGCAAUUCGAAAUUAUAUGUGUUGCAAUAUCCUCUUAGACCACGCUGGAGGCCCUAUGAAUUCGAGGGGCGAUGUGACGAGGUAAGAGUUAAACCUAGCACUGGAGAAGUGGAAGUCGACCUGAAUGUUGAUAUUGAAUCCAAUAACUAUGACAACAAAGCUGAUGGCACAUUCCAAAUGAAGAAGCAGACUUUGACAUCUUCAUGGCAACCGCCUCUAGCUACGUCCUAUGCUGUUGGUCUGCUUAUGGGCAAUAAGCUACACCUGAAUCCCGUACAUGCAGUUGUGCAACUUCGACCAUCAUUUGAACACCUUAAUUCUGGUGGCCCGAAAAGGAAAAAUAAUGUUAGAGCUGAUUCAGAUGUUAAGUCAGAAGAGCAUGUGGAUGUUAAUUCUGCAGGUGCAUCAAGGAAGCAGAAGAAGCAAACAGGACCUUCAACGGAAGUUAAAACUAGAGAUGAGGAGUGCUGGAUUCCACUCAAGUACUAUGGCUUAGAGAGUGAUCUAUCAACCAGACAUCUGCAAAGCAUGGUGUCACAAACAGUUUCCCCUAUGCAAUUUUCAAUGAGUCCGCACGACUAUAUGGACUCCUUGUGUCCUGGUACGAGUACAAGCGGCAACAAGCCCAAAGGUCCAUCUAAAAAGUAUUUGCUUUCAUUGUCUUUGGAGGAGCGGAUUAAGAAAUUGCUGACCGAGGGACCUCCGGUUCAAAGAUUUAGUGCACUUAAGCAUUAUGCUCCUGAUUAUGAAACAGAAGAGUUUAUUGAGACUCUUCAGCAAUAUGCUCAGUUAGUGCAGGGUCUCUGGGUUCCAAAAAGUUUAUUUCUAAUUCCGCAAGAUGGCAGUGGACGUUGUGCUAGGGAUUUUGUUCUUUUUUUGUUUAGCAAGAAUCCAGUGGUCAGCUCUUCGCAGAUAAAUGUUCCAAAGUCUCUUCGGGACAGAGUGAAACAUUUUUUGAAUUUAUUUGGUGUUGAAAGACCUGCCUUUAAGGACUGGAAAUUUAAGGAGAAAACAGACCGUUUAUUUUUAAGCAACCACGUCAGAAUUGCUGAGAAGCAAGAAGAGCUCUGGAACAACGUGGAAAAAGGGUUCACUUUCCUGAGAUCUAUAAAAAGUGUUCACCAUGCAAAUGCCGCCACAGGAAAGCCUGGCGUGGUUCCUAAACUUGAAAAACAAGUCAGUUCUGACCAGACUACAACUAAAAGCAGUAAUGCACCUCUUAACCGCAAAGGUGCAAUGUCGGAUGAAACUCGAGAAGCUUUACCAAAAGCCCUUCAAAAGCUUUUUCAAAAUCAUAAGGUUUGCAGCUUUCAGUUGAUAUGUCAAGGUUUGCGUGACUUGGCUGUGUCCCAGUCUACUCUUCCGAAAGCUGAUGCCAGAAUGGCGGUGGCUGCUGCAUAUGGUGUUGAUGCUCCUCCAGAUGAAUUAAAAAAAAUCAUAAGCCAAGUCGCUACUGAGAUUCAUGGUCUCUAUGUCUUGACCUCAUCUCCAGAGCAUCCAGAAUAUGAUCCAUUGAGGAAAGUUGUCAUUCAACUUUUACGUGGACGAGGACCUAAAGCAGUGCUUAAAAAAGCUGAUGUUUUGGAAGCUUCAAAGCAUGAACUUGGUAGAGCUAUCAAUAGCAAUGAAUAUAGCAAGGUUAUGAAUGAAAUUUGCAUAUCCCACGGUUCUUCUUGGACCUUGAAGAGUGGUGAUGGAAAUUCAAGAUGAUUAGGUUCUUGGAACAUCAUUCCGAGCACAAUUAAAGAGGAGGUUCAAAGAAAAGCAAGCAACCAGAUCUUCUCACUCUGUUGUACAACUUUCUACUCUUGAAAGUGUAUCAAAUUACACAAAGCAUCUCUUCAUCUUAAGAAGGGGUGAGAGAGAGAGGAAAAAAAAACCUUUUUUUUCUCAUUUUAGCUCUGAUUGAUAAACAAAGCAUUUUACAGAUAAAUGGAAUGUGAUUUCCAGUGGCCUCCCACAGCUAAAUUUUGACUUCAUGUAUUACUCUACUGUCUUUUAUCAUCAGGUACCAUAUUCCAGCGCAGGGAAGCUUAGUGGAAAAUGCUUUGGCAGACGCAACACUCUUUAAUAUCAUUUUGCAAAAUACAAAUUUUGAAAUGUACAGACAGGUAAAUAUUAGCCCUCUUAUAUUAGGCAAUUUUAUCCUUGCUAUGUCAAUAAGAUGCAGCAAGAAACAGUGUAAUGCUACAGUGCACAAUUUUGGCAAUGAACCAAGAUCUUCGGACCCUUUUUAAAAAAUUUCCUUCUUUUUUCUUU